AUGCGUAGGGAAAAUAACAUGAUUAGUAUUCUGAAGGUUGAAAAUAUUAUCUUCUUCAAUUCCUACCUGGUUUUCUGCAUCUUUAUUUGGCGAGUUUUAACUUCUAAAUUGACGUUUCUUGAAACAAAAGAUUUAGUUUGUGGAUGUUUAUUAAUAUACUACUUCCGUGUUUUUGAAAGAAGAUAUGGUUCUCACAAAUUUUCUUCUUAUUUAUUAGCAGCCUGUACUGUUGCCACCGUUCUUGAAUUGAUCACAGUAUUUUUCCUUAGAAGACUUGAAAUUCAAAUCACUUUUCUCCCAACUGGGCCGUAUGGCCUGAUUUUUCCACUAUUCGUUAAUUAUUUUAUGGACAUUCCAAGGGUAGCCCAGACGUAUAUUCUAGGUGUUCCGGUUACUGGAAAAACGUUAACAUACUUAUUAGGACUUCAGGUCAUGAGUACUAAUAAAGCAUCGAUGGUGUCUGGAAUUUGUUCCCUGACAGCAGGGAUAAUAUGCAGAUGGAACAUAUUUCAUGUUUUAGACAUAAUAAAAGUUCCAAAGGUUUUAGCUCGAGUGGCCAGCAUGUGUUUUGGGUGGAUAUUGGAUUCUUCUCCUCCCUCGGAAGGUUCCGUCCCAAUCGGUGCAACCAUAGAAAUACAAAGGCAACAGCAAAUUGAAAUAAUGGAGCAACAGCUCUUACUCUCCAGAGCAAGAGAAAAUAGGGACAGAGGCAAUUCUAAUGUAGGUGCUCGUGUUUUUUAA